CGCCCGCCCCGCCGGCAUGGGGGGCAGCGAGAGCAGUCACGGCGGCAGGAAGGUCUCCUUCGGGCUGGAUGAGCGGGAGCAAGUCCGGGUGCUGCAGGGCAUCAGGCUCUCUGAAGAUGUAGUGAACCGAAUGAAAGAAUCUCCUCAAAGUAAAAGGGACAACCAGAGAUCACCCCAUUCAUCCAAUGGCAUAGCUCCAUCUUCACCAGCUGCAGAAGGGAAGCCAAAAUCUCCUACAGGAAUCCAACCACCAAUGACAAGUGACUCUGGUCAGAAGUCUUCUGCUGCAGAGCAGGAACUGUACAGGAGGUAUGAGCGAGAACAGGCACUGGUCCAAGAGGAGUUGCUCCGGCUGGCCAAAAGAGAAAGGGAAGCAGCCAGUGAGGCCUUGAAUACCGCCCUUCAGCGGGAAAGGAACAACGCUAACGAAGAGAGGCAGAGAGUGGCCCAGCUGGCCAUGGAGCUGCAAGGCAGGGAGGCAGAGCUGAAGCGGCAAGAGGCCUUCUAUAAAGAGCAGUUGGCCCGCAUUGAGAGGAAGAACGCAGAGAUCUACAAGCUGACAUCUGAGCAGUACCAGGAGGCAGCCAUCAAGGCAGAGGAGUGGAUAAAGAGGAGGAACACUGAUCCUGUCUGUGCAAGCCUGCAGUCUGAAAUUCUGAAGUGCUACCAAGAAAACAAACGUGAAGUGCUCAAAUGCUCGGAGCUGGCUAAGGAAUAUCAGCGCUGUGUUAGUGCAGCUCAGAAGGUACCUAGUUCCCUUCUCAGAAUGAAUUUAACAUUGGUGAAAGAAGGAGCUGUUAGUUAAUUCUGGAUAAACAUCAGCCAUCAAAGAGCAGAAGACAGGGACCACAGAUGCCCUUGGAAGCCCCAGCAUCCUUCGGAUAGACAGUGACCAAAACCGGUGCCUUCUGCCCUUCGCGGUCCAAGACAGCGACAUGAUUCCUCUGCUAAUUGCCUGCAUGUAUCAGUCUCACUGGAUGUUCCUGGAGUUGGGAGGAGGGUCCCAGGAGAGGGGGACGCUCUUGUUUCCUUUUUUAUUGUAUUACAGUGUAAAGAAUCAUAUUGACCCCAGGUGCUUCCAGCACAGCUUGUAGCUUGGAGGCUUGCCCAACACGAGACUGGUUCACCCUGUGCUAGCUUUGGUUUCACCAAUCCACAUCUGAGUUUCAAGAGCUGUUAUCUUCGUCUGUUUGCUCUGGAGAAAGGGGUCUGAAGUAUUUGGAAGUAACCCUGACUAGCUUGUUAGGAUUAACUGUUCCUAGCAUGCUCCCAUCGGUUACACCGGCAGGCGUGUUUCUUCCCUUCCAAGGUUCCCUCCUAAACAAUAAAGUGUUUAAUGGUCACUGUGUGCUGUGAGAUACUUUCAGUCCCAUGAGUUUGUAAAUUGCUGUUUUCUGCCUACUACCCAUGCCAACAAAAACUCCAAACAAGCGUGAGGAAUAGAAAUAUUUCAAGUCACAGUUAAUAAAUCACAAAACUUGUUCGUUUUGGUC